UUUUUUUUUGGCCCGCUACGGUUAUGAAAAUGCUAAACCUGGCCCUUCACAAAAUUAUGUUGGACGGGAAUGCUCUAUGACAUCUGCUUCUUUAGAGUUUCUCUCAAUUUUUCAUAGAUUGAGUGGUUAUGGAUAAUAUCGAACCGCAAAAUUUCAACUGAAGCCGAGUUGAGUUAUGUAGUAAACCAUGAUAAGGAUGGGUUGCAGCUAACCAUCUAAAAAGCUCUUUUGUUUGAUUAACACCGGAAAACUUUUCAUAUAUCAAAUAGUCCAUUGGGGGUCUAGAAGUAACAUAAUCUGAUUAGUUUAUUGACUAUCAUCUUAAUUCUUUAGCACAAUACGAUUGCAUUAAUUAGUUGAUAAUCAAGAAGACUCUUCCCAGUGGUGUUCGCGAAAUAUUGUAUGCAAAACUACUAAGCUAUUGCUCGUUCUUUUAUAUGAUAGGAACUAAGUGUGCAUAGUUAAUCGACAUGAAUCUGAAAGUGUAUUUACCGAAUUGUUUACAAAUUGUAUGGGAAAAGAAAUAGUGGCUAAAUAUUGAGAAUGAGGUCAAAACUAAACGCAACAUAGAGCACUUCAAAACAAUACGAGCAUGGUCUUACAGAAUUUGGAAACAAUGAAUAAAGUUGCUCGGGAAAUGCAAGAUCCACAUACAUUUACAAAGCAAAGUGUGAGAGUGCGGUGUGUGAAAAUAGCCAAAGAUGAGGACGAUCGGCAGCAACGAAAACGACGAAAACAAUGGUAGCAACAGCUGCGGUAGGAUCGUCGGAACGUCGGGUGAAUGGCUAACUGAACAUUUGUAGGCCGAAAGAGCGAAAUACAUAUUUCGUUUUUCAUUUUUAAUACAGAAUUUUCAUUUAUUUUUAGAAAAAUCAAAUAUGCGUCUAUUUCGUUGGAUCGUAUACUCAAAAAGAAGCUCAUACGUACACGGGGUAGUUGCACGCUGCGGUUGUGUUAAAUUUAUAACGACAAAAUUUACAGAAACUUUUUGUUCGAGAGGUAAUAGCAGUAAAUUAAUUAGAAAUUAACCAAGUUCAUGGUGGACGUGUAGUAUGUUUUGGUAACCAAUUCAAAGGUGUCAGUCCUCCCUGAUCUGUGUCUAAUCGUGUGUGGAAAAGUGGGAACAUUCUAUACGCUUCGUGACACUGGUGACACUGUUGAAAAUGUGUUCAUUGUCUGCGUUGAAGUGUCCGCUUUGUGCGCAGACGAAUUUUCCUAAUAUCGACGCCUUACGUGUCAGUUUAAUUAAGGCCGCAAAUGGACCGUUGGCCUGCCCUAUUUGUCAUGAGCUGUUUUUGGGUUUGGACAAGUUGACCAUACACCUAUUCAGUCAUACCACUGUCAUGAUGACCGAAACGUCAAAAGGGACCGUCGUCACAGAAGGCAGCAAACGAACAGAACAAUCAGAGAAAAAGGUCGAUAAUAAAUUAGAAGCAGAAGAGACAAGCAUUUCCACAGUAGCGCCAAUAAAACGUGUCAGCAAGGAAAAGAAAACAAAGAAGACACGACAGCUCGUCGAGGAUUCAACGAAGAUGGCGCAAAUCGAUAACAACACUUCAUUUUGUACGCAAGUCGCUGAUAGUACGAGCAGCAUUAUUGCUAAUGCACCAGCAGCUAAGCUUUCUACUUGUGAUAUUUGUGAGUUUACAUUUCGUGAUGAGGAGCUGCGCGACAUGCAUUUUCGUCUGGUACAUCAGAAUAUCAACAACAACAGCGGUGAACUUACAACGAACACCGCCUGCUCCACAGAACCCGAUUUCAAAUGUCAUCUUUGUUCGAAGACUUUCAAAAUGAAGGGUUCGCUGCGCGUACACCUCAAAGUAGUCCAUCUAAUGUGUCUACCUUAUACCGGCAAUAGUCCUAAAUUGAGCAUCUGCGAUCGGAUACGUCAUAAGGAGACGAAGCUUGGAGCCACUACCAACAAGAGUUCCACCAACCUAGCGCAACCCACCCAGCUGAAAGUUGAAAAUAACGGCACGCAAUUAAUGCAGUCCACAGCAACUCAACACCAAAUAACGUUCGCCGCGAAUGCGCCACAAUCAACGGCGCAGGUGCCUAGCGGCUUCACAUUCGGUACCUUAACUUUAUUGCCGGCGCCAACGGUUGCGGCGAGUGCGUCUGGGAACUUGUUAAAUUUGAAUAAUAACGGUGAAUUACUGCAAGCUGUGGACGGCACGGCUUUAAAUUCAAAUGUACUCUUGCUAAUCAACACAAACUCCACGACAGUGCCCGGUACCGAGAAGGCAUCCACAGUUGCCGGCGCCAAAAGCUUAUCCAAUGUAUUGAUAAAUGGUGGCAAGGAGCUAAUGGAGCAGCAGAGUAAAAACACAACAGAAAACAAUAAAUUGUGGAAGUGUAACGAGUGCGCCAAAACCUUUACCACAAAAUAUUUUCUGAAAAAGCACAAACGUCUGCACACGGGUGAGAUGCCGUAUACUUGUGAGAUUUGUGCGCGAACCUUUACUUUCCAACAGUCAUAUCAUAAACAUCUACUCUAUCACAGUAAUGAGAAGCCACAUGUGUGCGCUACUUGUGGUCGCGCAUUCAAGGAGCUGUCAACUCUACAUAACCACGAACGAAUACACAGUGGUGAGAAACCCUUUAAGUGUGAAGUGUGUGGUAAAUGCUUCCGACAACGCGUUUCCUUUUUGGUGCAUACCCGCAUCCAUACAGGCAUUAUGCCCUACAAAUGUGAGGUGUGUCAGAAAAGCUUUCGCUAUAAGGUCUCACAACGAACACACAAAUGCCUACCACAACAAUGCGCCACGGAUGAUGCUGUGGAAGAUGCCACACUUGGUAAUGAGGCGGGAAAUAAUAUGGACAAGCACGCGCUCGAACAUACAACCGAUGAUAUAUCAGAGAAUUUCAUUAAAGAAUUUCUUGAGAAUACGCGCGUGAACAUAGGCGAUGCACAAAACUCACCAGCCAGUGCCGAAAUUACUGCCAUAAACGCUGCUAGCGAUUGUAACGGUAACGACGAUGAGGCACUACUUACUAAAGCUAUUGAUGAUAUAAUCGAUGAAUCGUGUAAUAAAAUGGGUAUUGGUAAUCAGGCUGCCGGUUGUCAACAUUUACCGUCCACAAAUAUACACACUUCUAUGGGUCCGCCGGUGGCCUGUAGUGAUGAUUGCAAUUCCCCAACUCAGAAAUUACAAAAUAUGCGGCUUUAUUCGCCACAGCUAAUGACAGGCAUGGUGGACAGUGUUAGUGAUAAUACAGAUAAUAUAUUUCCACGAUUUCUACUUGACGAUGGAGGAAACAAUAUGCUAUGAAAACGUGCAUGGUGCCUUACUUCAGUAAAUGUUUUUCUUUGCUCGCUAAGCUCUCUUGCCAAAAAUUUGUAUAUAACUCGUAAAAGCGGUGACAAAGUUAUCUUCUAUUCCUCAUUAAAGUUGAGUAACUUUUUCGUAUUUAUACCGCUUUUUGAUUCUGCCAGUUGUUUUAUACCAGUUGUUUAUUCGAUUCGCCACUAAAGGUUUGCCGAGUCAAAAUCAGCUAUUGUUUAAUUAAAUAUUAUAUUGGCAUUGUAAAAAGUGCAGUGAUAAUUGUUUAUAAAUAUAAUAGUUAAUAUUCCUACAA